AUGGCUACAGUGCGAAUUUGUGUUUGUGGAGAUGAGGGUACUGGAAAGUCCAGUCUCAUUACAUCACUUGUGAAAGGGGUCUUCGUGACGAAUAAGAUCCAGCCAAUUUUGCCCCAGAUUACGAUCCCCCCAACGAUCGGAACCCCCGAGAAUGUCACGACAACUACAGUGGUGGACACGUCCGCUCUCCCUCAAGAGCGGAGCAACUUGGCAAGGGAGAUCCGGAAAUCGAACGUGAUUUUGCUUGUAUAUUCAGAUCACUACAGUUAUGAACGAGUGGCACUAUUCUGGCUUCCGUACUUCCGCUCUUUGGGAGUCAAUGUACCCGUGGUACUAUGCGCCAACAAGUCCGAUCUCGCCGCGGAUCAUAGUGAAGCACAAGUUAUUGAGGAAGAGAUGUUACCGUUGAUGGCAGAAUUCAAGGAAAUCGAUUCAUGCAUUCGGACAAGCGCGCGAGAACACCGCAAUGUGAACGAGGCUUUCUUCCUCUGUCAAAAGGCGGUCACUCACCCAAUCGCGCCCUUGUUCGACUCUAAGGAGUCGGCUCUGAAACCGGCAGCCGUCGCGGCAUUACAACGGAUUUUCUAUCUCAGUGAUAAGGACCGUGAUGGUUAUUUAUCUGAUAAGGAGCUCGAGGAUUUCCAGAUGAGGUGCUUCGAAAAGCCUUUGAGUGAGGAAGACUUAGUGCAUAUAAAAGAAACCAUUCAGAAGACACAUCCAACCUCAGUGGCCCCUUCUGGUAUUGACUGCCGGGGAUUUAUACAUCUUAAUAAGAUGUAUGCGGAGAAAGGACGCCAUGAAACCGUCUGGAUUAUACUGCGCGCUUUCCAGUACACAGACAAUCUCUCGCUUCAAGAAAGCUUUCUCCACCCAAGAUUUGAGGUCCCACCGUAUGCGUCUGCCGAGCUUUCCCCGGAAGGAUAUCGAUUUUUCGUGAAUCUCUUUCUCCUCUCAGACAAGGAUAACGAUGGGGGAUUGAACGACGCCGAGCUGGCGUCGUUAUUUGCGCCAACCCCAGGCUUACCCGCUUCAUGGGCAGACGGCUCAUUCCCAUCUUCUACUGUACGCAAUGAAGCUGGUCAUGUUACACUUCAGGGCUGGCUUGCACAAUGGAGUAUGACUACCUUUACAUCGCCCAAAACUACCUUGGAGUAUCUGGCAUAUCUUGGGUUUGAAUCAUCCGACAGAAGCAAUCCUUCUACAACGGCUGCAUUAAAAGUAACUCGGCCACGAAAGCGAAGAAAGCGCCCUGGACGGGUGGGUCGUAAUGUUGUACUGGGUCAUGUCCUUGGGCCUCCCGGCUCAGGAAAGUCUGCACUUCUCGAUGCCUUCCUUGCGCGCGGUUUCAGCACUACAUAUCAUCCUACAAUCCAACCCCGCACUGCGGUUAACACGGUGGAACUGCCGGGGGGUAAACAAUGCUACCUGAUUCUGGACGAGCUGGGUGAGCUAGAGCCUGCCAUACUGGAAAACCAGGUGAAGCUAUUGGACCAGUGUGACGUGAUUGUGUACACUUACGACUCCUCGGAUCCCGAUUCAUUUGCGUAUAUCCCUGAAUUACGAUCGAAAUACCCUCACCUCGAGGAGCUUCCAAGCGUGUUUGUUGCUCUCAAGGCCGAUCUCGAUCGGACUACCCAACGGGCUGAGUACCAACCGCACGAAUAUACUGCAAUGUUAAAUAUGCCCAGCUCACCUCUGCAUGUUAGUGUGACUUGGAGCUCAAUGCAAGAGGUCUUUGUGCAUAUCGCUGAAGCGGCUAUGGAGCCUAGCACGGCGUUUCCACGGAGUGAGGAAGAUGUUGAGGGUAAAUGGAUGGCCUGGGGAAUUGCACUGGGCGCUGUUGUCUGUGCUGGAGCAGCCGCAGUAAUGAUUUGGCGACGGGUGAGUGGAAGUGGAACUUGA